AAGAUAACCAACAGAACAUCACACAAAUACAGACGCCAAAAUAAGAUAACAGAGUCACCGGUAACAAUAAAUAUGGCGGCUUUCAUUCACCCCUUGGCUGUGUUGCGCACCCGCUGCUCUCUUGUCUGGGGUUUCGUUCAGUGGGAGUGACGUCAUAAAUUGCCCCGUGACGUCACAAGAGGCACAGUUUAAAUGGCAGGUGUGAAAAUACUGCUUUAAACCCUCGAAUAUUCACAUUUUUACCAACUUUCACCUACGGCGCGUUGACACAAGCACCGUGAAGGGUCAGAGAACACCUGGAGAGAGACAGAAGAAUGGAGAUAAAGGAGAAGAAGAGAAAAUAAGUGGAAAAUAACAGCAGUGUCCGUCACGUUGAGGGUUGUUUGGUAUUCUUAGACUCAUCAGAAAAUGGCUGAGCAUACCCAGACGUGUAUUGUGCUUAAUGACGUCACAGUAGCAAGUCAAGACAUAGAGCCAUGUGGGGAUCCCCGUAUCUGUUUAGUUGGGAGCCUUGCAGAUGACGCAGAGACACAAGAGGCAGCUAAGAAAUUUAACGUGCCUGUGGUGACGUCAGAGACAGGAGAGGAGUAUGUGUCAGACUCUGCCUUUUGCACAUACUUUGUCCUGAGUGAUUUUGAGAGUCCGGUGUUUGAAGAGCUUGACAAGGCAGGAGUUCGGUUACUAGGGAAGCCAGCACUAAUAGAGCUUUCUGCAAAUGGAGUGCUUACCUACACAAGGCGGCCGGUGUUCUGCCACGUCAUGAAAGAUGCUGUUCUCGUCUUCACAGGAUUCAGAAAGAAGAGUGAAGUUUGCAGGUUACUGAAGCUGGUGCACUACAUGGGUGGGAGUGUGAAGAAUGAGAUCAUAGACACCGUGACACACCUGCUGGCGUACUCCUCCACGGGGGAGAAGUACCAAUACGCCAACACCUUCAACAUCCCCAUCAUGAGUGAGGACUGGGUGCACGCUGCCUGGGCCCACCGAGACGAGGUGGGAGCCCGGUCCACCACAGACGCCAUGGCCAAGUACAAGCUGAAGGUGUUCCAAAACCUGCGCAUUGUGUUGGUGGGCUUCCAGGAGGAGGACCAGAGCCAGAUGGAGGACCUGGUGACUCAGAAUGGCGGCUUCAACACCACCCUGGAGGAUCAGCAGGCGACUCAUGUGGUGUUAGAGGACCAGACAGUGACAGAGAAGCCUCCAGACUGUCCCCCAAAGGCACACGUGGUGAAGGCAGAGUGGUUUUGGACUUCUAUACAGAUGGAAGCGCCACCCAGCGAGACCUUGCAUCUUUUUGAGGAGUUGAAUGCCAGUAUUUUAAGUCCACGCCAGAUGUUCUCCUCUCCCUCCACUCCUGGUUCUCGGAGUCGGCGCCGCAAACGGUUACGAGAGACAGUGCAACACCUGGCACAAGAUGACUCCUCCUCCGCCCUCCCCUCUGCCCCAGCCAGUAAAAGAAGAUCCUCAGUGGGUGACCUGGCUUUCCUGUCAGCGGAUGGUUCCUUCCUGGAUGACACCGCUUCCACACCCAACAGACUCGCUCCUCCCACUGGCAGCAGUGAGCAGAUGCCCCUCAGUCCGCCCCCUGUUGACUUACGGCAGCUCUCGGCAAGGCAGCGUGUUUUCCAUGAGUUAGUCAAGACUGAAUGCAAUUAUGUCAGCAUUCUAGAUGCGAUAGAAAAGGUCAUCAAAGUCCCCUUAGAGAACAACUCCCAGUCAGGCGGCCCCAUGCUGGACUGUCAGGAGUUGCGUUAUAUAUUUGGUAACCUGCCGCCAAUACACACAGUUCACACAAGAAUGCGGGAUGACCUCCUCCAUCUGGCUCAUAACUGGAUGCCUGAUGCUAGUAUUGGGGAGAUUAUCUUAAAAUAUUCUACUGAAUUGGAGAAGGCAUAUCCACCCUUCAUCAACUUUUUUGAAAACAUGAAGGAAAUGCUGCAGAAAAUCUCAAGUGAAAGGCCAAGAUUUCAUGCCUUCCUUAAGAUCGCCCAGAACAAACCUGAGUGUGGCCGUCAGAGUUUGCAAGAGCUGUUGAUUCGGCCUGUACAAAGACUACCAUCCAUGAGUCUCCUUAUUGGUGACAUCUUGAAACAUACGGAGAAGACGUCACCAGACCACCUAGCUCUGGAGCAAGCCCUGGAUAAGAUCAAGUCUGUCAUGACCUUCAUCAAUGAUGACAAACGGAAGACAGAGGCAAAACUAAAGUUGUUUGAGAUCCACAACGAUAUUGAAAUGUGUCCGCCUAACCUCGUGGCAUCUCACCGAAUGCACAUGAGCAAGGUAGACGUGACAGAACUGAGUGAUAGCUGUAGUGGGCGGGGUGACACCCUAACUCUGUUCCUUUUCAACGAUGUACUUGAGAUCUGCAAGAAGAAGAGUAAAUACAACAGUAUAAAGAGCCCAAGCCGAGCCAAUCUCCAUGCCUUGAAGAGCAUUAAAACCUACAAGCACUUGGAAAUGAUGAACCUGGCCCAUAUAAAGAGGAUUGUGGACAUAAGAGAAACUGAAGAUUGCCACAAUGUCUUUGCCCUCAUCAUCCGGAGCAAUCAGGAGUUGAAGGAGCGACUCUUCACCUUUACUCUCAUUCAGGAUGACAUAACAAAGUCCACCUUCCUCAAAACUUUGUGUCGAACUGUUGCCAACAUUGCCUGCAGGAAUGAUGUUGAAAAUUUCCUGGUUUCCAUGGAUCCUCACCAUCUGGAUAUAGAGACCAGUGAUGUUAGUCUUACCAACGCACUUAGUAAAGCUCUCAAGUUUGCAACACGAACCGGAAGGAAAGUAAGUCGAGCGUUCAGCUUCAACAAAUCACCAAGCAAGCUGAAGCGAGCUGUUUCGACAGUAAUGAGUCCUUUUGGCACCCUGCCACAGCAAUCAUCCAUGAGAGGAGCAACAAGUGUCAAUAACUUAGCUGAUUUGUCUUUAUCAGGAACACCUCCCACUGGGGGCUUUGCUCAUCCCAUGGCUACUCCCACGUCUCGCAGACGCACCCUGAAAAAUGCACACUGAAGACACUUGCUGCUGGAGCAACAAAGUGUUCCCUUCGCUGGUUCUGCCAACACUCACAAAGGCCACCCACAACUAGCUAAGUUUCUCACAAUCACUCCCCUUCAGGAUGUUUAUAGGGUUGUAAUGAUGCCAAAUACUUAUUUUCUAAGUACAAUAGCAGUGCUGUACCAAAUUUUUCAAGGGUGUGAAAAAUGUGCAAGCUUGUUGUAGUGGCCCAGCUUGACCUAAGAAAUACUUAAGUUCUCAUGUAUAUUCCUCAAGAUGCAAAAGUCUCCCUUUGAUAGGAUUAAUGUAAAUAGUUUAUGAUGCAAUACAUUUAGUACAAAAUUAUAUCUACCACUCAUACUGAUUUCAUAAGUGAGCAGCUGUGGUAUGAAUUUUUGUGCCUUGGACUUGUACAUACAUAUAUAUAUAUUUGACAGGAGAAUGUCAAAAGGUCUGUAUGGGUAGCUGUCUUCUCUCACUCUUUAUAGUUAGUGCCGGUGUUGAGGAAGAGAGGUGUUUACUCCAUUACAGUAAGUACACACAACUUUCUGCAUUUAUGAAACAGAUUUUAUGGUUUCUGAAGAGAAGAAAAGUGCUUGUGAUUUGCAUUUUCUAGAGGCAUUCACUGCAGUAUAAUCUGUUAUGAAAUCAUCCUUUGAAGAACAAUCUAUCUCACAGCAUUGAUCAUGUCCACUUUUGUUUGUUUUGGUGGAUCUGAAGGAAGCUUUCAUUAAGUAGAAAAACAAAAAAUAUUUCAGAGGACUGUGUGAAUCAGAACCAUGGCUUUUUAUUGUAUGACUGGCAUCCCUUCUCAGUUUUUUUCAUCUUGUGCAUAUAUAUUCUUUGACUUUUAACUCAAUUUUCUUUUAUUUCUUUAUUUUUUUUUAAUUCAAUCACAUUUUUUUUUCUCUCAAAUAUACACUGCUAACAUACAAUGGAGUGAAUAGUUUCUGAUUACACCAGGUUGUUUCAUACCAAAUAGCAUUAUGGUUCACUUACCAGGAAGUGUAUUUAGAACAGGAAAGAGAUUCAACUACAUGGACUUUGUAUCAACAUUGUGAUUAGUGAGGUUCCUGACCAUCUGAGAAUGCAGGUGUUUGUCUUUAAGCAGCUCUCGUAUGUCACAUGGAAAGACUGAUUAUUGUUUUUAUUUUCAGAGUAUUAGGUUUUAUGUUAAGCUUUGGAAAUAGGGAGGCAAGUAUGUAUAAUUUGUAAUGAGCCCAAUGUCACUCUGUCGUGUUUCAAGUCUCAUCAACAAGUGUUCCUUCAUAUUCAUCAUCAGGGUAUCGCUGUACGUGGGGAGGGUGUGCUUGUAGUCUAUUAGAUCAUCACUCAUUUGCUUUAUUACGCUGUUAUUAUUCUCUUCUCCGUCUCACCACAUUCUGAAUAUUAUAUCUCAUUGUCAUCCACGUUAUAUCUUUUGUAUCUUUGUAUCGUAUCUUUGUUGUCAUGUCAUUGUUGUGUCAUACGUCAGUGUCUCAUUUGGUGUGAGUGAGGAGUGCUUCUCAUAGCUGCCAUAAACUGAUUCAUGUGUUCAGUGUCCUGCCAACUGCCACCACUGUUAUGACUCAGAACAUAGCAAGGGGUUGGUGCACUCUGCUUAUCUCUACAGAAGGGUCAUCAUACAAGCCACAUGUAUGAAUCUGCACCUCUAUCGUGACCUACUGCAAUUCUUCACAACUACAUAAUGCAUACUUACUUUGUCGCAUGGCAUUUUUUUACCUGAUGAAUCAAUUUGGUGCUUCUAGGGAUCCCCAAGAUAUAUUCUUAGAACAUUCUUACCAUAUAAUAAAUGCAUAAGGACCAGGAAAUUUGUACUAAUUGAUCUCUUGUUGCAAUAGGUGAGGAACAGACUUAGGACCUGUAUUUUGAAUUGCUUUAGGUUCAUAUGACUUUUUAAAGGCUAUCAAGAUAAUAAGUCAAGUUUUAAAGGGUGUUUUUUUUACGUGUUAAUUAUCUCUAGAAUCUUAAAAACCUUCAGUAACUUUUAAGAACAACAGAUUAUUACUAGAAUCUUGAAAACUGACAGUAACAUCCACUAGAGUCUUGAAAAUUACCUGAAACUUAAGAAUCUGCAGUAAUUUCCACUGCAAUCUUGUAAACCAUCAAUAACUUCCACUAGUGUUUCAAAAUAUCACUAGAAUCAUAAAAGCACCCUGGAAAACCUCUCACCAAGCCCCGAAAAUAGUCAUGAGAUGCUUAAACUUGAGAAUACAGACCCAAGAUUAUUAGUAAAAAAAAAGUGUCAUAUUUUUUAACUUGUACUGCCAUGAAUAUUUGUUACAUGGACUAAACAUCGAAUAUCCUGUUGCCAUAAGUAAUUUUCUUCCAUCCAGGAGGUUUGCCAUCUCUCUGCCGUGUGUGUGUGUGUGUGUGUGUGUGUGUGUGUGUGUGUGUGUGUGUGCGCGUGCGUGCGUGUGCGUUUCAAGUAGUAUUGUGGAGUGCCUGAUCUAAGUUUGUCUGGGCAAGAGUGAUAAUCUAGAUAUUACUCCUGUACCUAGAUCUUCUCUGUACAUACUGUAACUGACUUGGCGAUCCCCUUCUUGUUCUGUCAAACAUUCCAUUGUUUUUGAGCAUAUAUUUGGGAUUUCAGUCAGUCAUACCAAGUGUUCAGCAGUGUAAAGGUUGCCUUGUGGCGCUGUCUUCCAUAAAUGUAUUACUGUUGAUACUUAAGAUAUUUUUAGAGGCUCAUUAAAUAAAUACCUUUUC